AUGGAAGGGGACUCAUUGCCUAGAGGAUAUUUAUCCACCUUGGCCAGAAAGUACAAUGUUCACAGAUCAACAACAACAAGAUGGUUCCAGAGGACCACUGAAAGAAGCUAUGUUGUAGCCCUUCAUGCGUCAUCCUCCACCAUACAUAGGUUAAGGAAGAAAGGCAGAUUUAGAACACACACAUCAACUAAUUAUCCAGCACUCACUGAUAAUCACAAAAUAGCAAGACUGAAGUGGGUUCUAAGCUUUGUGAACCCCAUUCCUGUUGUAGGAGAUCCUACCUUUAGGGAUAGGCAGCAAACAAUUCACAUAGAUGAGAAGUGGUUUUACUUAAACCUAGAAACAAGAACGUUUUAUCUGCUACCAAAUGAGGAAGACCCAUACAGAGCACAACAAUCUAAGAGUUUCAAGCUAAAAGCUAUGUUCAUGGGUAUGAUUGGCAAGCCAAUGUAUGAUGAACACAAGAACCUCUUGCAUGAUGGGAAGUAUGGGUUGUUCCCUUUUGUCAAGUAUGAAGUUGCCAAGAAGAAAAGCAAAAAUAGAGACAACGGAACACUAGAGACAAAGUCCAUUCAAUAUCAAUCAUUUCCUAAGAAUCUUGAUGAACUAAUAGAGAAAGUGGAAGAAUCUUUUGAUGAAUCUGAUCCAACUGUGAACAAGUACACAUGGAUCACCCUACAAUCUUGCAUGCUUGAAAUACUAGCAAAGAAAGGUGGGAAUGAUGGGCGUUAG